CCGCGCUGUCCCCGCCUCCUAUUGUCGCUGCGGUGGCGGCUGCCGGCGUUGGGCGAGGGCCGCGGCGCACUCCUCCCCCUGGGGCCGAGCGAAAGGGGCGUCGCCGCCGCCGCCGCCAUGGCCGGUUGUUGUCAGUCGCUGGCAGCGGGUUAUGGCGACGGCGGUGAAUGAAUUCUCCGGGCGGCAGAGGGAAAAAGAAGGGCUCAGCCGGCUCCAGCUCCGCGCCCCCGGCCGCCGGGGCCUCAGCCUCCUCGCCGCCCGGGCCGGCCCCCCCCGUGCCGCCGGCGGGGGCGGCGGCAGCGGCCUCCCCCCACAAGCGGAACCUGUACUACUUCUCGUACCCGCUCUUCGCCGCCUUCGCCCUGCUCCGCUUCGUCGCCUUCCAGCUCGGGCUGCUCUUCGCCUGGCUCUGCGAGCGCCUCUCCCGCGGCGCCCUCAUGGCCGCCAAGGGCAGCAGGGCCGGGGCCGGCGACGCGCCCGAGCCCGGCGGGGCGCCCGAGACGGUGCGGGCCUGUCACAAGCGGGCCUUCGAGUGCAUCUCCAUGGCGCUGCGCAUCGACGAGGACGAGAGAGCAGGACAAAAGGAACAAGCUGUUGAAUGGUAUAAGAAAGGAAUUGAAGAACUGGAAAAAGGAAUAGCUGUCUUAGUAAUUGGUCAAGGUGAGCAGUGUGAACGGGCUCGACGUCUGCAGUCUAAAAUGAUGACAAAUUUGGCAAUGGCCAAGGAUCGCUUGCAGCUUUUAGAGAAGCUGCAGGCAGUUUUGCAAAUUUCCAAGCCGCAAACGGAGGUCUAUAAUGACAGUACUAACCUGGCAUGCCGCAAUGGACAUCUCCAGUCAGAAAGUGGAGCGGUUCCAAAAAAGAAGGAUCCCUUAACGCACACAAGCAAUUCCCUUCCUCGUUCAAAAACUGUUGCAAAAACUGGAUCCACAGGCCUUUCAGGUCACCAUAGAACUCCUAGCUACAGUGGGAUAUCAUCAUCUUCUGUGUCUAGACCAGCACCUAAUCCUGCAGCUUCAACUCACAAGGCUGCUCCUAAAAAUAGCAGAACAAAUAAACCUUCUACUCCUACCACUGCUCCUCGAAAAAAGAAAGACUUGAAGAUAUUUAGAAAUGUGGACAGUAAUCUUGCUAAUCUUAUCCUGAAUGAAAUUGUUGAUAGUGGUCCAGCUGUCAAAUUUGAUGAUAUCGCAGGGCAGGAGCUGGCUAAACAAGCUUUGCAAGAAAUUGUUAUCCUUCCUUCGCUUAGACCUGAGUUAUUUACAGGACUUAGAGCUCCUGCACGUGGAUUAUUGCUGUUUGGCCCACCAGGAAAUGGGAAGACAAUGUUGGCCAAAGCAGUUGCUGCAGAAUCAAAUGCUACUUUCUUUAAUAUAAGUGCAGCGAGCCUAACUUCAAAAUACGUGGGUGAAGGGGAGAAACUGGUGCGUGCUCUAUUUGCAGUAGCCAGAGAACUUCAGCCUUCUAUAAUUUUUAUUGAUGAAGUUGAUAGCCUUUUGUGUGAAAGACGAGAAGGUGAACAUGAUGCUAGUAGGCGUCUAAAAACAGAAUUUUUAAUAGAAUUUGAUGGUGUGCAGUCUUCUGGAGAGGACAGAAUACUUGUGAUGGGAGCAACAAACAGGCCACAGGAGCUUGAUGAUGCUGUUCUCAGACGAUUCACCAAACGGGUAUAUGUGUCGUUACCAAAUGAGGAAACAAGAUUGGUUUUGCUAAAAAAUCUUCUAAGCAAGCAAGGAAGUCCAUUGACCCAAAAAGAGUUGGCACAACUAGCUAGAAUGACAGAUGGAUACUCUGGAAGUGAUUUAACCGCAUUAGCAAAGGAUGCAGCGCUGGGCCCUAUUCGAGAAUUAAAACCAGAACAGGUGAAGAACAUGUCUGCCAGUGAGAUGAGAAAUAUCAAACUGUCAGAUUUCACUGAGUCUUUGAAGAAGAUAAAGCGCAGUUUGAGCCCUCAGACCCUGGAAGCAUAUAUUCGCUGGAACAAGGACUUCGGAGAUACCACGGUGUGAAGCACUGCUUGAAGUGAAACAAAGUGCUGCCUAAGGAGCAAUUGGUACAGACUACUGGAAAGCAGCCAGAGUUUACAGGACUUUACAGAUCUCUAAGUAUCUGCAUUAAAACUUGAGAUUAAGAAAAAAAAAAUAUACAAUGUGAAAUAUGUUCAUCAAAGCCUCCUUGCCGUUUAGUGAGGAUUUACACACUGUAAGCAAGAGCACAAUAGGACUUGAGACAAGAUUCCUAGCAAUCCAGUUAUGGUUUGAACAGUAAUAUAUGUGUUUUGUUUCAGCUAGAAGGCUCUGAUGAUAUUGAUCAUUGGAAAACCUUUUCCCUAUGUUGUGUGUGUGGUUUUUUGUUUUUAGUUUUGCCAUGAAGUUGAUGUCUGGCUUUCUUCCUGAUAACUACUAACUUAAAAUUGGAGGUUUGUAACUUUGGCUCCGUUUUUGACUUUUUUAUCCUUAAUGUGCCAAAUAAAACAAUUUCCCUAUGCAGAGAGGAAGAACAGCAAUGGGGAAUUAAAUUAUGAUUAUUGAAAUGUAAAAAGCAGCUGGUCUGUUAUUAUUUGUCUUUUUGUUUAGUUGUAAUGUGACUGUAUUGUUCACACAACAGUUUUAAAGAAGACCUUUGAUAGCAGAACAGCAAAAAAACCCAACCCUAUAAAACCAAUUCAAACUGUCUUUUAAAAAAAAGUAAUACUAAAUAAAAAAAAUAGACUAAGACAUUCAUUUACUGGCAGUAUUUUCUCUUAAUGCAUUUUGUAAUGCUUUCAUUGGUAGAAUGUUAGCUUACGCUUAUGGUGUACAACUUGAAGCCCAGCUGAUGUUUGGAGAGUAAGUGAUGCUAAUUGUCAAGUUUCACAAAUGACGUGUUUCUACUCUGUAUUUUGGUCUGUUUAUGAUAAUUGAAAGUAAAAUUUCCAUUGUGAUAAUUUUUUUAAUCUAUACAUGUAAGCAUUAAAAUACCAGGCUACAUGUUUAAUACAUGGCACACAUUAAUGUUUUUAUAGCUUUCAUAUGUUUUGGUUUAUAUAUUAAAGUAUGAAACACUCAACUGAUCUGCUUUUUUAAAAAGAAACCGCAUCUUUGUACAAAUACUUGUUUUUAUUAUAUAAAUGACAAGCUAUUAAAAAAACCCCACUUAAGUGAUAGCCUUUAAAUAUUGUAAUAAAGGAAAACAUCUUUGCCUUUACUUCUAAAGGCCUGACAUCUUGCUUACAAAUUCUACAUAGAAUAAAUGCAGAUGUUUGCUAGGUAGAACACUAGUUCCUUGUUAGAGCAGGUUUGUGGGAUUUGUUUUCUUGUUUUGUUUUAAAAAAAGACAACUCUCCCAAUUUGGUGAUAAUACAAAAACGCAUAUUGUUUACAGUUUAAACUAAAUUGAGUUAUAAGCGUCGUUUGCUUUUGGUCUUAACAGAAAACUUUGUUCUUAAUUUUUCAUUUAACUUAUUUUUUAUUGGUAGGAGUAAGUCAGAUAUUUCUGGAACUACUCACCUGAAAGUUGGCUAUAAAUAAUAUAUAUGUGUAUGUACAUAUGGAAAAAACCCUAGCUGAUAGAUGCGGUGUAAGGUAUAGUAAUAAUACCCAGAGAGGACUCUGUGCUCACGGCAUAGUAUCGGGUACUAAAUAGCAGAGACUGUAUCAACCUUUUGAGACGCACAGAUGCAAUAUGUUUGGGAUUCUUGGGUUUUUUUAACCAGAGGUGCUUUUAACUGAUUUUAAGAUUAAAAGCAAUUAAAUAGGAGAAGAUUGUGUUACACUAGUAUGCCUUUUGAAAUAGUCUAACCAAACCACUUGUAGCCUUCCAAGGCUAUGACUCUCUCAAAUGUAUGUCUGAUGUAAAUAAAACAUGUGACUUCUGUUCCUCUGAUUCACUUUCCUGGAGAAGAGAGAAAUGCUAAAAGACUUCAGUUUCUUAAAGCUCAUUUAUUGCGUGCUUUGCCUUAGUUCUGCCUUCAGUAGACCAUCUCUGUUGUUGGAGAUUCCUGGCUGACUUGAUCCAUAUUUGCCAUGUACUUCAGUGCUACGCAUGAAUAUUACUGUUUUAUUAGCAUCUGCUAGAGAGCUGAACAGCUAAGAAAGGCCCUUCGUCUUCCUUUUCAUAAAGCUUGUAAACUUUCUUUGCAAUCCUUUGCAAAUGAAAACUUUGAGGGUAACACUUCUGGCUUUGAGUAUUCCUAAAUAUUUGUUCUCAAACUCUGUUCUCCUCCACUUAAUUUUGAGGAAUAUACUGGUAUUUAUUUCAAAUACAUAUCUAUUGGUAUGUUAUAGGUACCUGAAACGUAGAGGUAGAAGUUCCCAUCUUCUAAAACACAACUAGUAUGCGGCAUAAAGGGUCAGAAGUCUGAGCUGCCACUUCAGAAAGAAAAGGGACUAGCCCUUUCACUUGUUUGUGCAACCGGUUCAGGUCGACACAAUCUGUGUCUGGUACCACCACUUUUUGGUUAUCUGUUCUGCCCUGAUUGUUUUCUGCAUAAUGGAUGAACUACAGCUCUAUAAAUUAGUACUGGAACGCAGUAAUAACUUAAUUUUGUUCUGCAACAUCAGUUUUCCCCACAGCUGCUGGAUUUUUAGCCCGUGACCAAGUGCUGUUUAAUUUAUAAAUCUACUUCAAAUGUCUGUCUUAUGCUAUUUUCUGAAUAGUGUCUUUUAAGAAUAAUUCUGUUCCCUUUAAGGCAUUAUCUGGCAUCUUCUGGUUUCAUGUUUUAUGUGUACUGGGUCCCAGCUCAGUGAUUUUUCAUCUAUGGGUUGGAGUAACUGUUUACAAGAGCAGAUUGGGCAGGGGGACGGACAUGAACAAAAAACCAACACCUCACCCCCCAAAAAAACCCCAAAUACCUGUAUUUCCCAAAUCUAUGCUAUUUUAUAUAGAACUUUGCAACUGUAUUUACCACAAAAUCAGAUUAUGUUCUAAUACAGUAUUUUGAAUUAGGAUAGGAUAAGCAGGACAGCAGCUUGGAUGCUUUUAACCUUUGCAAAGACUGGCAUUACAUUAGCGCUCUAAACUGCCUUUUUUUCUUUUUUUUUCUUUUUUUUUUUCCUCCUUUCCUGAAUCUCCCCACUACUGAUGAGUGACUUGACCCACUUUCUUGAGAUGAUCAGGAAGCAGCUUUUCUGCCCCUCUGCAAGUGUUUUACUGACUUAAAGUGUAGCAGUUACUGGAGGGAGGAUAAAAAAACCAAACAUAAGCCCCCUGGUUUUUUUAACAACCUUCUUCAUAUAUCUUUGUCUCUUUUUAUUAAUCAGGAAACGCACCUUUUACUUUCCUACGUGUUGGAAGAACAGUGUUUUCUCGGGCAGCAAAUUGCUGCUUUUGGUGGCAUAACAGGAUGGAAAAACUCAAGGACUGUGUGAUGCUCUUUCUCCUUAAAAUGAAAAUUUGUCACCUGUUAUGAUGUUGCCUUUACUAAAGUUGACUUUUCUGUAAGAGUACACCAAACCUGUACAGGUUCUCUCCUUGCAGCUAAGACAAAGGCAACGCUGAAUAUUAAAGAUAAGCCUUAAACUAGAAUAUUUAUGUACGUCUAAGUCUCUCUGUCCUGUUAGUUUCUUAGACUUUACAAAGUUCAGUGUAUUAGAAGUUGGCAUUCUGCCCCUGAGACGUCUUAUUGACUUCAGAAGGUCAGUCGCUAAUACAGUUUUGUUGAAUAUGGCCCUGCAACUAACUUUAUGUAGAUAAUAAAUGUGAUAGUAACACUUUAAAAUGGAGAAGAAUGGGAUCUCUGAACUGAGAAAGGAAUUUGUUGUCAUUGCACUAAUUAGAGGCCAUUGCUGAUUUCACUGUUAAGAUUUUCUCAAAUGUUUUUAAAAUUACAGUUUUUAUAUACACAACUUAGACAAUUAACCUUACUGUCUGGUGUAGAAUAAAUAGUACUUUUUGUAUUCUAAACAAGCAUUUUUUAGCACUGCUUGGCACUGCUGCCAAGUCCAUCUUGUGGAAUUGAAUUACUUUGCACUGGGAACACUGAAGUCAGAUAUGCUGGCAAAUGGAACUGAGACGUCUGUUCUGCAACCACUGUGGAAAGCAGCGUUCCCCUCAGGGCUUCCUUAAACACCCGUUGUCAAACUGUGCCCUAGAUUCGUGUAGUGCUUUCCUACCCAAGACAUGGAUAAUGCAUAGCUGUGCCUAAGACACGCUCACCUACGUACUCCAGAGCUUUAGUGAUGCUUCUGCGUGUGGCAGCUUUGGGAGGCGGCAAGCGCCAAUGCAGGUUCCAAAUCUUCAUUGUCUGACGGUCUCAAGUUCCAUCGUGUUUUUAGUGUUGGGGACUUCUACCAGAUAUCAAAAAUGGAAUGAACAGUAGCAAGCAGGUAGUGAAUGCAACUAAUUAUCUCAGUCAUUGUGCUAAUUAAGAGCCAGUUGCUGAUUUCAUUGUUCGGUUCUCUUGAACUGCUAUUUAGUGUUGAAGGAUGUUGUUUUAUUCACCUAUGUGAAUUUUCAUGUGUAGCAUGAGCUGCUGUUCAUCCUAAGAGAUGAAAAAUAGAUCAGUUUGGAUUUUUUUAGAAUUUUUUCUUUCAAUGUUAUUUUUGGGUUUUUUUUCUUUUAAAUACUGUAACUAUUAUUCCACAGGACGAGGACGUUAAACUGUUGCUUUCUGCAAAUACAAAAUCAUCUUCUGAAGUAUGGGGAAAUGUGUAUUGUGUUUUUCCUGCUUCUCGUGUAAAUCAUUAACUGUCUUAGAGUGGAAACUGUUUACUUUGUCAAUAACUACCUCCUGAGUUCAGCAAUAAUUGGCAAGGUAUACGCUCCUCCAGUAGAUUAAAUAUAUUGGCUAAACACUGUGGGUUCUUCAGAGUUUGAUCUUUUGGUUUGCAGAUUCUUGAUGUGAUGUCUGGAAACUAUGGUGAUCAACCUUGUUUUGCUGCAAGACUUUCCUUGCCUUCACAAGACGCAUCUCUUAAAAUCCUGUUUCUGAGAAGUGGCUUUGAGGUAGGAGGUCAAUGUUCCUUGUAGUUGGUUAAGGCAUAUUCUUCUAAGAUGCUAGGGGUGUAGCCUCUCAGUUCUGCGGGGAAGAAAGUACUUCAUCUAAUCCUCGCACACCUAUCAAAGGGACUGGAAACAUAGAAACUUUUUGCCACAUGAUUGAAAUUUUCAUUCAUCUGAAGGGCUAGUCAGAAUUUUUCAGAAAUCUGGAUUAAAGUGACAAAAACCAAAGGUGGAGACAAAAUGCUAUACCCCGCCCCCAUUAAAUAUAUUGGACGCCUCCAGUCUGGGAUGGGGUUAAUUCUUGUAUUUUGUUGUUUUGAGCACUUUUGUUUCAUUGUAAAAAUGUUUUCUGAAAUGUUAAACACCAUUUUAUUAAUAAGCAAUGUAAAAAAGCAUGAUGAGCACAUAGCUUUAGCUUCACAAUAAAAUGUUGCAUUUGUCCUGUUCUUAUUGUUUUCUUGUCUGUUUAUCAGAUGAAAUAUCCAAAACUAAGAGCCUUUUAACGAAACCUGAAACCUAUUAAAUUGCUGCUGGUUUAAAAAAAAUAAUAAAAAAUCAGGCGUUGUAUACCAUAUGAUAGAACAAUAAAUAUGUAAAUACCUCAUUUAGUUUCUAAGGGACAUAGCUCAAGUUCUUAAAACUAAUGUAAACAGAAGUGCUACUUCCUAAAUAAAUGUGCUGAAACUGAAAGUGUGUGCUUAUCCUAGUAUUGCUAAAUCAUAAUGAAAACCGGGAGGUUUCACAUAACUAAUUCUGGUAGUCAUGGUGAAGUCCUGAAAAUAGCUAUUUGGAGACAGUUGACUUGGUUUCAAAAUGGCACCUUUUCUUUUGCCGGGGGGGAGAACGCUGCUAUUACUUUUGAGAUAAUAAUCUAAAUUCUUCACUUAUCCUCCUCUUGUUACUGUUUGUAAUUCUUUGUAGCCAUUGUCUUGAGGCUGCAUGUGGAUGGCUAACAACUACUGAGGCUUUCUGUUCUUACAGUUACAUCCUGAAUAUAACAUAAAAGGUUGGAUCAGAGUAACUUUAGUAUGACAUAUCUGGCAGCUUUAGGGGUCGCAAAAAGCAGCCAUGACCACUGCCUUCAACACGUCAUCGUAUCUAUCACUGUUAGGGCAAGCAAACCAAAUAAAAAUCGACACAGCAAUCAGGGAAAAAAAACCCAAAGUUUUGGAUUUAUGACUGAAGCAUAAGAGCUAUUACUGCUUCUGUCGGGCAUUAAUUCCUUGGGACAGAAAGACGCCCUUGUUGUCUAUGUGGCAUAAUUACCUGGUAUCUCUUUUUGGCUGAAAUGCUACUACUUGGAGGUAGAUUCCAAUCCACUGAAAUGAUUUCAGUUAGCAAUUUUGUGUAUAGGUUGCAGAUAUUCAAAUAGACAUUUAUUCUUGUAAAGGAGAUGCUCAGAUAAAUUUAGUGAAGAAGCAAGAGCCUGAAAACAAUACCCCAGCACUUGCUAUGUUGAAAUCUACAGAUCACAGAUUUGGCAGCCUACCCUGCACUGAAGUAUGUUGGACUCAUUAAAAGAUAAAUCUUUUCCCGUUCCAGCCAAGAUGGUGUGAGAUAAGGCUCCGUGCCUAGUGUCAGACGCAGGCAUAUUUCAGACGAAAAUCUGCUUAUUUCUGUAUUUUAAUGUUUUAAGUUUGCCAGAGAAAAGUGAGAAAAAUUAGUUUAAAGUUGGGUUGUGUUUUGGUUGUUUUUUGGUUCUUUUUUUUCACUCAAGCCAUCUUUCUGCAAAUUUCCAAAUACUUUGUGAAAUUGCG